AUGGCCUCAGCGGAGGAGGUGUUGAAUAGGAUUGUGGCUAUGGAAGGGGUCGUGGGCCAACGGAGAGAUCAGAUAGCGAGGCAGCAGCAGGGGGCGCAGCAGGUCAAGAAGGCCUCAGAGCAGGUCCAGUUCCCCCCCGACAAAUUCUCAGGAGAGCUCGGCGAGAACGCUAAAUACAAGGAUGGAGUUACGUGGGAGAACUGGAGCUUUGUUCUGGCGGCAUACUGCAUGGCGGUGGACCCGCGCAUGGAUGAGCUGAUGAGGGACGCGGCCAAGGUCGACGCAGAUAGCUACUCUCAUGAGUAUCUAGAUGAGGAGGCUCGGCGCGUGAACACGAACCUGUACUACAUCCUGGCACUCACGUGCAAAAGCAAGGCGCAGGGCAUCGUGAAGAGCGUUCCAUCGGGAGAGGGACUGGAAGCUUGGCGUCUACUAUGCGUGGAGUUCGAACCGAAGGUGCCGUCUAGAUUCUCAGGGAUGCUGGACUCGAUUCUGUAUCCGCACGUGCAGGACAACGACCCGAUCAAGGGCAUGGUGUCUUGGGAGACGCUGGUGCAGCGCUAUGAGGAGCAAACGGGUGAAAAGGUCAUGGGGUCGAUCAAGAAGGCAGUGUUGAGUACGCGUCUGGUUCCGACCAGGCUUCGAGAACAUCUCGCGUUGAACGCGACGAGGUUUGCAACGUACGCCUCGGUGCGAGCUGCGGUUCUGAACUACUUGAGGUCGACGCAGGCGGCGAUGGCGCUCAGUGGACCAGCACCAAUGGACUUGGAUGCGCUCGCGUUCGGGAAACACGGCAAGGGCGGAAAAGGGAAGUACGGCAAAGGCAUGGAUGGCAAAAGGCAAGGGGUACGACAAUACCACGACGAGCCAGCCAUGCACGUAUUACGGGAAAAAGGGCCACAAGUUGAUGGAGAGGGCUACGUCUUCUUGAUGACGGAGGGCGAGAACGAGGACCUAGACGACCAGGAGAUCACGGAUCACACGGAGGAGCUAGACCACAUCCGGGUUGCAGACUACUCGGUGGAUGUAGACGCGAAGAGGGAGCUCAACUACGAUAUCAACAAGGAUGACGGGAGCUACCUGAUUCCGAUAGGGGAGUUUGAGAACGAGAACGACGGGAUUAUCGAGGUAAUAGUCGAUUCGCGUGUGGCGAGAAGUGUAUGCCCACCUGGUUUCGCACCAAGAAUGCCGCGACAGGAAGCGGACGCGUCGCCACUGCGCCAAGCAGAUCGUGCCAAGAUAUACGCGGACGGCUGCAAGACGGUACAUGUGGAGGUAGCUGGGACCAAGCAACCGGUUCGAGGUCAAUGCGACGUGCGCGAUGUGCGCAAGACGAUCACAGCGGUCAGAGACCUGACGAGGGGAGCGCAGGGCGUGUGGUUCGAUGAGUACGGAGGCGCGGUGGUUAGCCCGACGGUGAGCAAGAAGAUCAGGGAGAUGAUCGAGUACGAGAACAGAUGCAACAGGACGAACAAGCCGCUCAAGAUCGCGAAGAGGCGUGGCUUUUUCAGUUUCGACGACAGCGACGAGGCGCAGGGGCCCGAGGUCAAGAAGGAGUGCUACAAGCCCACUGCGGAGGAAACGGCCAUCCACGAGAGGACGCACAUGCCGUAUCGGGAGGCGCCGACGAUACCGGUCAUCAGCAUGGACUACUGCUUCGUGAACACCGAGAUGGAGGCGGAGAUGAUCAACAUCCAAGUGGUGGUUCAGAAGCCUGAGGACGCGGUGGCUUCUAUCAUGGUGGUCCAUAAGGGGCCCAUCGAGUACGUCAACUCAGCGGUGGAGUUGUACUUGGACGUGGAGAAGGCGCCGGAAGGUUUUCACCAUAGCAACGGGGCGAUCGAGAACGCAGUGGAGAGAGUGGAGUCACUACUGCGCGCGUUGCACGGCGAGCUGGAGGCGAAGCUGGAGGUGAAGAUUGGGCCCGAGAGCUUGAUCAUGCCGUGGCUGGUCAGGCACGCGGGGUACUUGCUCACCAGGUUGGCUAUUGCGACGGAUGGCAGGGCAGCUUGGGGACGACUGGGGCGCGCGAAGUUCAAGUCAGGGCGUGGUAAGCUUGGCGGGGCGAUUGAUUGCAAGAUCCAGGCGAAGGACUAUUCCAAGCAGGAGCCGGGGUGGGGUGAGGGUGUCUUCUUGAGCAGGCGCGACGGGAGCGACGAGAUCAUCGUUGGGGCAGCGCGAGGUAUCGAGCACGCCAGGACGAUGAGGCCGAAGGCCAAGGAGGACAAGUAUAAACAGGAAGUCUACAACGCGUUCAUUGGAGUUCCGUGGAAUCCCAGAGGCUUGGAGGUGAAGGAUCAGAACGAGGUGGUUCGAAUAAGAUCGAGAUGGCUGCAGCAGAUCAACCAGCGCAACCUGAGGCGCAAGCAGCGCCAGCGGGAGUUCCAUCAUCACAAGCGCCGCCAGAGGAGGCCAGAGUUCGAGAGCCACGAUUGGAGGGAGAAGAUCAGCGAGCUCCAGUUUACCAUCGAGCAGGACGUGGGCAUGACAGGCAACGCGAUCGUUGCAGGAGGAGACGUAGCACAUGCUACGCCGAGACGGGACGAGGGGAUGGAGAUCGGCAUCGCCAUGUCGAUCCCGAAGGAGGAGGACCGCCACGUCUGCGAGGAGACGGAGCCGAGGGCGAACAACGACAUGGUGGUGGGUGAUGGAGUCUACAGGGACGCGUGCACAGGAGAGGAGUUGCUGAAGGAGCUGGUCAUCAACGGCAGGACGAAGGAGAUGAAUAUCUUGGAGGAGUUUGAGGUCUUUGGGUGUGUAUCGUUUGAGGACUGGAUGAAGCCGUUCGACACUGAGAAGUGCGACCUACAAAAUAUCGAGUGGAUCGUGGGGAGCUGA